AUGGGCCUCCUGGUGAAGGGGAUAGGCCUCCUGGUGCAGGAGAUGGGCCUCCUGAAACGGGUAGAGAGCAGCAGAGACAAGCAGGCCAGUUUAAACCCUAAAGAGAAACGGGUAGAGAGCAGCAGAGACAAGCAGGCCAGUUUGAACCCUAAAGAGAAACGGGUAGAGAGCAGCAGAGACAAGCAGGCCAGUUUGAACCCUAAAGAGAAACGGGUAGAGAGCAGCAGAGACAAGCAGGCCAGUUUGAACCCUAAAGAGAAACGGGUGGUGAGCAGCAGAGACAAGCAGGCCAGUUUGAACCCUAAAGAGAAACGGGUAGAGAGCAGCAGAGACAAGCAGGCCAGUUUGAACCAUAAAGAGAAACGGGUAGAGAGCAGCAGAGACAAGCAGGCCAGUUUGAACUAUAAAGAGAAACGGGUAGAGAGCAGCAGAGACAAGCAGGCCAGUUUGAACCAUAAAGAGAAACGGGUAGAGAGCAGCAGAGACAAGCAGGCCAGUUUGAACUCUAAAGGGAAACGGGUAGAGAGCAGCAGAGACAAUCAGGCCAGUUUGAACUCCAAAGAGAAAUGGGUAGAGAGCAGCAGAAACAAGCAGGCCAGUUUGAACCAUAAAGAGAAAUGGGUAGAGAGCAGCAGAGACAAGCAGGCCAGUUUGAACUCUACAGGGAAACGGGUAGAGAGCAGCAGAGACAAUCAGGCCAGUUUGAACCCCAAAGAGAAACGGGUAGAGAGCAGCAGAAACAAGCAGGCCAGUUUGAACCCUAAAGAGAAAUGGGUAGAGAGCAGCAGAAACAAGCAGGCCAGUUUGAACCAUAAAGAGAAAUGGGUAGAGAGCAGCACAGACAAGCAGGCCAGUUUGAACUCUAAAGGGAAACGGGUAGAGAGCAGCAGAGACAAGCAGGCCAGUUUGAACCCUAAAGAGAAACGGGUAGAGAGCAGCAGAGACAAGCAGGCCAGUUUGAACCCUAAAGUGAAACGGGUAGAGAGCAGCAGAGACAAGCAGGCCAGUUUGAACCCUAAAGAGAAACGGGUAGAGAGCAGCAGAGACAAGCAGGCCAGUUUGAACUCUAAAGGGAAACGGGUAGAGAGCAGCAGAGACAAGCAGGCCAGUUUGAACUCUAAAGGGAAACGGGUAGAGAGCAGCAGAGACAAGCAGGCCAGUUUGAACCCUAAAGAGAAAUGG